CUGCAUGCAUGGCUUUUCUCUAGACGUGGCAAGAUGCAGAGGGAGUCAGACUUCAUGGCCAGUGUGGACAGCAGUUGGAUCUCCUGGGGUGUGGGAGUCUUCAUCCUGAAGCCCCUGAAGUGGACGCUCUCAAGUGUGCUGGGUGACAGCAAAGUACCUGAGGAGGAGGAAGUUCUGAUUUAUGUGGAGCUACUUCAGGAGAAAGCAGAGGAAGUUUAUCGCCUGUAUCAGAACUCUGUGCUUUCAUCUCACCCCGUCGUUGCCCUCUCUGAGCUGCGUUCCCUCUGUGCUGGUGUUUGUCCAGAUGAAAGAACAUUCUAUUUAUUGCUGCUCCAGCUGCAAAAGGAAAAGAAAGUCACAAUCCUGGAACAGAAUGGAGAGAAGAUAGUGAAGUUUGCCAGAGGACUUCAUGCCAAAGUCUCUCCAAUGAAUGAUGUGGACAUCGGAGUCUAUCAGCUGAUGCAAAGUGAACAGCUGCUGUCACAGAAGGUGGAGUCCCUUUCCCAGGAAGCAGAGAAAUGUAAAGAAGAUGCCCGGAAUGCUUGUAGAGCUGGGAAAAAGCAACUGGCACUGAGAUGUCUGAAGUCCAAACGAAGGACAGAAAGGCGCAUUGAGGAGCUUCAUUCCAAGCUGGAUGCAGUGCAGGGGAUCUUGGAUCGUAUCUACGCUUCCCAGACUGACCAGAUGGUGUUUAAUGCCUAUCAGGCUGGUGUGGGUGCUUUGAAACUCUCUAUGAAGGAUGUCACUGUGGAGAAGGCAGAGAAUCUGGUAGAUCAGAUACAAGAGCUUUGUGAUACUCAAGAUGAAGUAGCCCAGACUCUGGCUGGAGCAGGGGUCAAUGGUUUAGAGAUGGACUCCGAAGAUCUGGAGAAGGAACUGGACAGCCUUCUUCAGGACUCAGCUAAGGAGCCUGUCCACCUUCACCCUGUGCCCCAAAAGGAGCCGGAUUCUGGAUUUGCAGGAGCCAUUUCAGAUGCUGAGCUUGAAGCUGAGUUGGAAAAGCUCUCUGUUUGUGAUGAAGAUUUGGCACAAAAUACUCCAUCUGCUUCCUCUGAACCCCAAACAGCUCUGGGACUGAAUCUCUAAAGACCUGACCGCAUCCUGUUGCUGCAGUUUGACAAGUUGUCUUAAGGCUCCUUAACUAAUGACUAAAACUUUGGGACAGAGGGGUCCUGGUCCCCUCUUCUUUGUGAAAUCACUUUGCUAAGCAACAGGAUCUCCUGCCAUGACAAUCCACUCUGGAACUGGCCCCAGCUGGUGUUUGUCAUCUCUGUGCCAACAUCUGCACUGGUCUGAAUUUGACUUGCUGUCAUCUCAAGUCACCUGCGACAUCCAGGAACGCAGUUCACUACUCUGCCCAGUGGAGAUAAACUCUCUCUGUCCAUAACAGUGCUUGUUUUUUUGUUUUUUGGUUUUCUUUUUCUUUGCUGUGGCUCACGUUGAGAACCUGAGUUGCAGCAGCAUUGCAGUUGCUCAACGUUUGGCUGUGUGGUUGUUUAGAACACUUGGCACAUAGGUACUGCCCUUGACAUAAGUUACCUGCAACGAGCUUCAGCUUCACCACCUGUUGGUAGUUCUGUCCCUCCCCUCUGUGUUCUGCACGGUUGUGGACAACUAGACACUGUAACAAUUGUAGGAGGUGUUGCUGCUGCACUAGAGGGCAGCAAUUGCAAGCACAAGACAAAAAUAAUUCCUCUUUCUGUAAUGACACUAAGGCCUUAAAAGGGAGACCUGCAAAAUAUGUGAAGUUGAGGGAGUUGCUGGUGCUGAGGUCAGUGACAAAGCCUUGCAGUUGCUGUGAUGCAACUUUCUGCUUUCUCUUACUUGAAAUCUGAGCUGUCUGCUGCCUUUGUAUCUUCCUUGUUGGCAGGGCAGCAGCAGGGUGAUCUGCUUCCAGCUCUCCUGUGGAGUGAUUUGGGGUGGGAGGGGGGAAGAUGCAUCAUUUGCUCGUUUGGAGUUUCGUGUAACAGUCUUAACUGCUUGUGGUCUUGGUGUUGCAAUUCCACAAGAUGAUGGGUUACCAGAAAGCCCCAAAAUAAAACCCUGUAUGUGUUUGUAAUGCAAAAAAAACCGAAACAAAACAAAA